CCUUCGCGUUAAGUGCUUCCUGUCACAGUUAUUUGGUCGCAAACAUGUUUUUAUUGAGGCUGUGUACACCACAGAACAUUUUAUCACGGUGUGUCUGCCCUGUGUUCGCCCGUCCACAGGGUGCGGGGCUCCACACGCAGACUCCCCAGCUCAGCUCCAACAGGACGUCCGUGGUGCGCUGCGGCCGCCAGAAGUAUGAGAGACUGUACCCGGUGAUGCUGGUCCGAGCGGACGGAUCCACCGUCAACAUCCGGUACAGAGAACCCAGACGCAUCCUCAUGAUGCCGGUCAAUCUGUCCACGCUGUCUGAAGAGGAGCGUCGAGCCAGACAGAAAAAGAGAGAAGUGAAGAAGACGAAAAAACAGACAGCAGUCCAGUAUGAAGAUGACUUCAAAGUCGACAAAUACAGCCACUUCUGGAAGAAGAAAUGACUUCUACGUGAAAGUAGAGGCUGACUGCUGCAGCGUCAGUAAAGAUCUAAAUUUCACUUCCAUUUGUGCAUCUACGGGAUGUUUUAAUCGGGUUGUUUUCGUGCCAAAAAAGUGGUUCCUCCCAAAGGUUAAAUCGCAGUGACUGAGACAGACCAAGGACAUUUGUAUGGCAGGGUGACUGACUAUACACACCAUGUGUAGCAGGCACAGCUCUGCUGAGUGCUAUGACUCUGUUACUGUCCUUGAAGCAUCAAUAACCUGCUAACAAUGGAGUAAGAAACAAUGUUGAGUUAAUAAAGUGGUUUAAAGAUGGG